UUAACUAACAAUUUUAUUUUCUAUAAAUAUUAAUUUUAAUAUGAAAAUGAACGAUAUAUACCUAUAUUGGGAUACAAAAAUGCAUAGGUUUAUAGCUACAUACAAAUAAUCAAUAAAAUUGCUGCAGCCUCACAGUUCAGAUGGCAGCGCGGCAGGACUUAGUAACACGCGUUGAAGCUGAAAUAAAACAAAAAUAGGCAAAAUAAAAAUUUCGAUAAUGUGUGUGACCUCAACAAUAUUAGUAAACACGGCUCAUCACGUUAAUAAUGUGAGAGAAAUGUAUUUAGGAUGUAAUAAUAAGUUAGUGACAAAAACAAUUAUUUAUUUUCGUAAUAAUAAUAUAAACGUGUUAUAAACAUUAUGUGAUUCUAAAUAGUAAACAUAUAUAUAUAUAUAUAUUAAUUGCAAAAUUUAAGUCAAAAAUAUUAAUAUGAAUACUGGAGUAUACUGAGUCAAUGGGCAGAUUGUUAGAGCGCAAUGUUUGUGUACAAUUUUUGAUGUAUUUUAAUAGCUUUUAUAAUUAAUUGGUAACACACAAUUAAAAAGAAAAAAGCAGAAAAAUUUUGAAGGAAAUGGAGCAACAAAAUGAUUGCUCAAUUCAAAGAGGACAACCACUGCGUCGUUAUACAAAUGACUACAAGCUAGAUGGAAGUUCAUCCACUUUGAAUAAAGCAAUGACAAAUCAGCCACAGUACUCGAAUACAGGAAGACCUACGAUACGCAUAGCUGUUUAUCUAAUGACGGGAGUAUUUAUGACAAUGGAAAUUGAACAAAAUGCGACAGCACAGCAGAUAUUUACAAUAGUUCAAUCAGAGGCAGAAUUGGGUCUAUUGAGAUUUUCUUUGGUAAACUACACCAGUUUUGCACUAUGGAUGUGUUCUUCGCAAAUGGAAGUUCAAUUACGUCCGACACACAAGCCUGUAGAAUUGGCUGCAAAAUGGAAUUAUCUUGUGAACAAGUACAGUCCUCAUGUAGAAGAUGAUGAGGAACCUUUGCUAUACUUUCGUAGAAAUAUAUUUCUUUCGAGGGCGGAGGAGGAACAAAUCAAGGAUACUAAAGUACUUGAAUUACUUUACGCAGAAGCCAGGUACAAUGUUCUACAAGGACGAUACGCCUGUGAUGGACCCGUGCGUUACGCCACUUUAGGAGCCUUACAAGCUCGGAUCGAACUUGGACCCUAUAACGCACAAACCCACACCUUGGCGUUUUUCCGCAGACACCGUGGUCGAUUUCUACCGCAUCACCACGCUUCUCCUAGUCUCCUGUUAGGAUUGGGACUCGGAUUGGGACUGGUGGGUGGCAAGGGAGCACCCGAGGCUCAUCUUCUGGAACAGUACAAGCGAAUACCGAAUCACAACGGUAGUAGCGCUAACGCGAAUCCUAAAAAGUUGAUCAGGAAAUAUCUCGAGUUUUGUUGGAACCUACCGUGUUACGGCGCGGCCUUCUUCCAAGGACAGAUCGAGCGACCUGUCAGAGGUCUCGCGUCGUGGAUCACCAAUCGCGAUAUGCAGGUCCUCGUUGCGAUUAAUACGUCGGGCGUGUACAUAGUCGAUGACAUGCAGUGUAGCUUGCUAUUAGGGCUAAAGUACUCGGAACUGAGCUGGGAAAUGGCGAAACCCUCGGACGAGAAUAAUCCAGAUUGCUUGCCUUGCUUGUUUCUACAAUUUCCGGUGCGAGAGAACGGAGCACGAGUCUACAAGAUUCUACAAGUAUUUUCCAAACAGGCACCAAUGAUGGAUACACUCAUUUCCGGCUUCGCCGAGGACUAUCGACGUCAAUUUGUCAACAGCGAUGGUAACAACGAUCAACUGGAUCAUCCGCUAGUUUCCCCCAGUGGAAGCUUCACAAACAAACUUAGUAAAUUCACAUUGGCCACUUUUGAUGACGAAGGUCGGUGCAUUGGUCAAAUGGGCUCGUGGUCCUUUCAAUAAAUAUAUUAUACACUUUGCCAAUGUAUCUUCCUCGAUGAUAUAAAAUGAAUAUGAUUUUUGCAA